GUCGGGAAAGGUCCUGGCGCGGACAUGACCUCGCGCGCCUCUCUCCUGGGCGGGAGCUCCCGGCGCCCAGCGCAGUAGCCCCGCGAAGAGGCGGCGGACUCGACGGUGCAGACCGCGCAGAAAACCAGGCGGGCGGCAUGGAGGCGGCGCAUCUGCUCUCGGCAGCCGACGUGCUGCGCCGCUUCUCAGUGACGGUCGAGGGCGGCCUGAGGCCAGAGCAGGUGACUAGCGCGCGAGAGCGCUACGGCCCCAACGAGCUCCCAACUGAAGAAGGGAAGUCCCUGUGGGAGCUGGUGCUGGAGCAGUUUGAAGACCUCCUGGUGCGCAUCCUGCUGUUGGCUGCCCUGGUCUCCUUCGUCCUGGCCUGGUUUGAGGAGGGCGAGGAGACCACAACAGCCUUCGUGGAGCCUCUGGUCAUCAUGCUGAUCCUCGUGGCCAAUGCCAUCGUGGGCGUAUGGCAGGAACGCAAUGCUGAGAGUGCCAUUGAGGCCCUGAAAGAGUAUGAGCCUGAGAUGGGUAAGGUGAUCCGCUCGGACCGCAAGGGCGUGCAGAGGGUCCGCGCCCGGGACAUCGUCCCUGGAGACAUCGUGGAAGUAGCAGUGGGAGACAAAGUGCCCGCUGACCUCCGCCUCCUCGAGAUCAAGUCCACCACUCUGAGAGUGGACCAGUCCAUCCUGACAGGUGAAUCCGUGUCUGUGACCAAACACACAGAUGCUAUCCUGGAUCCCAGAGCUGUGAACCAGGACAAGAAGAACAUGCUAUUCUCUGGUACCAACAUCGCAUCGGGCAAGGCACUGGGGGUGGCAGUGGCCACAGGCCUGCACACAGAGCUGGGUAAGAUCCGGAGUCAGAUGGCGGCAGUGGAGCCAGAGCGGACACCGCUGCAGCACAAGCUGGAUGAGUUCGGGCGGCAGCUGUCCCGUGCCAUCUCUGUGAUCUGUGUGGCCGUGUGGGUCAUCAACAUCAGCCACUUUGCUGACCCAGCCCAUGGUGGCUCCUGGCUUCGUGGUGCCGUCUACUACUUCAAGAUUGCCGUGGCUCUGGCUGUGGCUGCCAUCCCUGAGGGCCUCCCAGCUGUUAUCACUACAUGCCUGGCUCUGGGCACACGGCGCAUGGCACGCAAGAAUGCCAUUGUGCGGAGUCUGCCCUCUGUGGAGACGCUGGGCUGCACCUCGGUCAUCUGCUCCGACAAGACAGGCACACUCACCACCAAUCAGAUGUCUGUCUGCCGGAUGUUCGUGGUAGCCGAAGCUGAAGCAAGCUCCUGCCGUUUGCACGAGUUCACCAUCUCCGGCACCACUUACGCCCCGGAGGGCGAAGUGAGGCAGGCGGAGCAGCUCGUGCGCUGUGGGCAGUUCGAUGGGCUGGUGGAGCUGGCGACAAUCUGUGCCCUGUGCAACGACUCAGCGCUGGACUACAAUGAGGCUAAGGGCGUAUAUGAGAAGGUGGGAGAGGCCACGGAGACAGCCCUGACUUGCCUGGUGGAGAAAAUGAACGUGUUUGACACCAACCUCCAGGCUCUGUCCCGAGUGGAACGAGCCAGUGCCUGCAAUGCGGUCAUCAAGCAGCUGAUGCGGAAGGAGUUUACUUUGGAGUUCUCCCGGGACCGGAAGUCCAUGUCAGUGUACUGCACGCCCACUCGCCCUGGCCUGGCAGCCCAGGGCAGCAAGAUGUUUGUGAAGGGGGCUCCUGAGAGCGUGAUCGAGCGCUGCAGCUCAGUCCGAGUGGGAAGCCGCACAGUACCCCUGAACGCCACCUCCAGGGAGCAGAUCCUCGCCAAGAUCCGGGAUUGGGGCUCCGGCUCAGACACACUGCGUUGCCUGGCACUGGCCACUCGGGAUGCACCCCCAAGGAAGGAGGACAUGCAGCUGGAUGACUGCGGCAAAUUUGCGCAGUACGAGAUGGACCUGACUUUUGUGGGCUGCGUGGGCAUGCUGGACCCUCCAAGGCCCGAGGUGGCUGCUUGCAUCGCACGCUGCCACCAGGCCGGCAUCCGUGUGGUCAUGAUCACAGGGGACAACAAAGGCACAGCUGUGGCCAUCUGCCGCCGGCUUGGCAUCUUCAAGGACACAGAGGAUGUGGUGGGCAAGGCCUACACGGGCCGCGAAUUCGAUGACCUCAGCCCUGAGCAGCAACGCCAGGCCUGCCGCACAGCGUGCUGCUUCGCCCGUGUGGAACCUGCACACAAGUCCCGAAUUGUAGAGAACCUACAGUCCUUCAAUGAGAUCACCGCCAUGACUGGAGACGGGGUGAAUGAUGCCCCGGCUCUGAAGAAAGCAGAGAUUGGCAUUGCCAUGGGCUCCGGCACAGCUGUGGCCAAGUCGGCAGCUGAGAUGGUGCUGUCAGAUGACAACUUUGCCUCAAUUGUGGCUGCAGUGGAGGAGGGCCGGGCCAUCUACAACAACAUGAAGCAAUUCAUCCGCUACCUCAUCUCCUCCAAUGUCGGCGAGGUUGUCUGCAUCUUCCUCACGGCAAUCCUGGGCCUGCCGGAAGCCCUGAUCCCUGUGCAGCUGCUCUGGGUGAACCUGGUGACGGAUGGCUUACCUGCCACAGCCCUGGGUUUCAACCCACCAGACCUGGACAUCAUGGAGAAGCUGCCCCGGAACCCUCGUGAGGCCCUCAUCAGCGGCUGGCUCUUUUUUCGAUAUCUGGCUAUUGGAGUGUACGUAGGCCUGGCCACGGUGGCUGCCGCCACCUGGUGGUUCCUAUAUGAUGCCGAGGGACCUCACGUCACCUUCUACCAGCUGAGGAACUUCCUGAAGUGCUCCGAGGACAACCCACUCUUUGCUGACAUUGACUGCGAGGUCUUCGAGUCACGCUUCCCCACAACCAUGGCCUUGUCUGUGCUGGUGACCAUUGAAAUGUGCAAUGCCCUCAACAGCGUCUCGGAGAACCAGUCGCUGCUGCGGAUGCCACCCUGGCUGAACCCUUGGCUGCUGGCAGCUGUGGCCAUGUCCAUGGCCCUGCACUUCCUCAUCCUGCUGGUGCCACCCCUGCCCCUUAUUUUCCAGGUGACCCCACUGAGUGGGCGCCAGUGGGUAGUGGUGCUCCAGAUAUCUCUGCCUGUCAUCCUGCUUGAUGAGGCCCUCAAGUACCUGUCCCGGAACCACGUGGAUGAAGAAAAGGACAAGAAGUGAGUGCUGGGAACAGAGUGGAGUCUCCAGUGCGUACCUCAGCCUGAUGAUGCCCAAGCGUUCACUCCUACUCCCCACACUGCCGUCACGCUCACCGCUUGCUCACUGGGCCCUGCCGAGGGUCUCUGUCCUUGCUUCCAUAUGCAUGGGGGCUGUGCAACUCAUGCCUCUGGGACUCUCCUGGGAAGUUCACCCUUGACGUUCCGGCUCCAGAGCAGCAGCCUAGGAGGGGCCUGCCCAGAAGCCAGAGCUGGAAGCAGAUCCAGACAUGCAGAGGCCUCUACCCCCAAAUCUAUGAGCACAUUCUGGAGCAGGCACUCCCUUGCUUGGAGGCUGGGCAUUUUACUUGGUCACUGGUGCUUCUGUACUAAUGGAGGACUCCUGGAGUUCCUGCUAGCUCUGACCUCUCACUUAGUGCCUGGUCUGGGGCCUGGUCAGCGGGACGGGGGGCGGUGAAGGGGAGGACAUCUGGGCCCAGCUGUGCACAGUGAGGGCAGACAACCCCCCUCCACUCUGCUCUUUUCCCACAAAGUUGGCACGUGAGGGUUUGAGCCUCUUACUGUUUAUAUGUG